AUCGAUGGAGACCCGAGGACGAAGAUGGCGGAGGAGCUAGACAGAGUACGAAUAUCCGCUGCAGAACUAAGAGCAGAGGCUUCAACAUUAGUUACUCGUCGAGGGAAUGUCAAAGAGGUUCGAGAAGAUAAACGGCACAAACAGCGAGACGGGAAGCGGCCAGAUAUGCAGCGCUAUCAGCCGAGCGCAGGACACAAACGCAAGGACAGCGUAGAGACGGACGACCCGCAGCAAGCCCCGUCUCAAACGGAACAAUCGGCUCCAGCAGUAGACGAAGCCAUGUCAAAGAAGGACAUGCCAGUCUUGGGGACUGACCGACCUCACAGCAAUGCCAAGCACAGGGUGCACAGGGACGCUACCCACCAGGAGGACGCUCUGCUGUCGGAUGCUGACCUUAGCAACGUCAGCUUUGAGAGCGGAGGCCCGGAAACGUCUGGCAGGAAGGGUGUCGUUGUGAAGGAUGGCCAGGGGUCUGACCCGGGGCUGCCCACCUCACCUAAACAUGCGCGCAAAGCACGCAAGCCUGACCGCCAGAUAUACCAGGCGGGGGGACGCAGGGCGAAGGGCGGUAAAGACUCCGCUCCAAACCACAAGGACUCUGAGAAGGGCGGUAAAGACUCCGCUCCAAACCACAAGGACUCUGAGAAGGACGGUAAAGACUCCGCUCCAAACCACAAGGACUCUGAGAAGGGCGGUAAAGACUCCGCUCCAAACCACAAGGACUCUGAGAAGGGCGGCGUGGACGCGGAGGCCUCGGGUCCCAGCGGAGAGAUGGAGAAGGGCAGCAGGGAGGCCGAGCUCGGGCACAAGGACGGGGGUGGACGGGAGUCGGAGCGCGCCGUGACCGCCGCGCCGCCUGGGGACCUCGAGGACAGCAGAGGCGCCGCCGAGCCGCAGGGCAAAGGGAGGGGCGAGAGGGGCCGCGGCCGGCGCAGCAAGGACUCAAACAGGAAGCAGGAGCCAGGACGGCCGAGAAGAGACGGAGGACCGCCGGGCGCGUCGCGCGAGGACCCGGCGUGCGUGGACACGCUGGCCAGUAGAGUGGAGAAGCUCAGCGUUGGCGACAGUCGUGGCGUGGCGUGCGACGAGGGAAAGAGGGGAGGGGACGUCGAGGAGGGACAGGACCGGACGAGGCGUUCUGGCAACGACGGCAGGAAGAGUCGAACGAGCGGGGGCGGAACCGAAGUCGCCUCAACGCCGGAGGGGGGCAACAAGAAGAGGGAUAAAGGAGGCCGCAGAACGAGGGGAGGGGACAGGACGGCCCAGUCCGAGUGGACAAAGAGCGAGCCCGUGGAGAAGGGGAGGAGCUUAGCCCUGACUCCAGAGGCGGGUGCACCCAGGCAGCCCAGAGACUCUGCUCGCCGAGCCAAGGACCACAGCACCAGGGCAGAGCGGGUCACCGAGGAUGCUGACCGCAGCAAAGCCAACAGGACCAAGGCAACCACGGCGUCUAAGCGCUACUCUAAAUCGGACAUCCGGCGAGCUCGCAACCGGACCUGCAGCACCAGCUCAGCCAGUAGUGUCACCAGCCUGGAUGGCCCACUAGAGGGCGAUAGACGCAGGGCACCAGCUGGUGAUGCGGGGUUGGGUGCUCGGGAUGGAGCGCAACCUUCUGCCCACAGAGCAGCGGGAGAGAGGACAGAUGGAGGCCGACCAAACGCCAACCACCGCCGGCGACGCAACAACAGGGACAUGUCCUCCUCCGACUCCCUGGAGGAGUCUCACUGGGAGAAGGGGCACCUUCGGAGAGCGAGGGCCAGCGACGGGGACUGGAGCCCAGAACACACCCCAGAGAAGUCCGUCGGGGCUCAGCGAGGGGGAUCUGUCUCCGCGGGGGGCCGAGGAGGGAUCCUGAGGGUGGCGGUGGACAGGCAGACGUGUUCCACCCGUGGCGCCCCAGCGCCCGCAGACGACCCGCCGGGCAGGAGGCAGAGUGAGGCACCGCGCGGGCGUGGCAGGGGCAUCCUGGUUCUGCCAGCCCACACCGACCUCACCAGGUCGCCAGAGCCGGGACCCAAGCUGUUCGGGGGGGCGCGUUGGAGCCGGGGGAGGGGCGGCCGUGGGGGGGGCACCAGGAGGCUCUGGGACCCCAACAACCCCGACCAGAAGCCCGCCCUGGCUGCCCGCGGUCAGCUGCACCCCCCGCACGGCACCACCCAGCUCCCCCUCUACAUGCUGCCCCACGGCGGCUACGGCCCGCUGCACUUCCACGACACCGACGACGAGGCCGCCGGGAGCCCUCCCGUCCACAAGGGGGAGCACUUCAAAGCCCACCCCAACUCCGCCGUGGCCUACUACAAGUUCCAGAACUCGGACAACCCCUACUGCUACCCGGUGCCAGCCGACGCCUCGGGCACGCCCCCCCGCUACGCCUACCCGUACGCCAUGCCCUACGCCGGCGACAUGUACCCGUCUCCGCCCCACUACAGCUCCUACGGGCCGGCCGCGCAGGGCGGGCACCAGGCGGGGCCACCGCUGUCCCCAGAGGAGGCGGAGGAGCAGGCGCGCGGCGAGCUGGCCAGGCUGCUCAGGGCUGCACUCACACAGGAGCUGCAGCUCAGCAACCUGCUGUCCAGAGACCACGUCAGCCUGGACGGCCUGGAGCGCAUGGCCCAGCUCAGGGCGGAGCUGUUGACCAUGUACGAGCGAGUGCUCCUGACCGACAUCGAGUUCUCUGACUCUCAGAAUCUCGACCAGGCACUGUGGAAGAACGUGUUCUACCAGGUGAUCGAGCGGUUCCGUCAGAUGAUGAAGGAAUCUCCCGCGGACACACCUGCUUAUGUGCGCAACAUGCUCUUCACCGUGCUGGACGAGGGGGCAGUGUUCUUUGACGGGCUGCUGCUGAAGCUCCAGACUGUGUUCCAGUUUAAGCUUGAGGACUACAUGGAUGGCAUGGCCAUACGGUCGCGCCCUCUGAGGAAGACGGUGAAGUAUGCCCUGAUCAGUGCCCAGAGGUGUAUGAUCUGUCAGGGCGACCUCGCCAGGUACCGGGAGCAGGCUACUGAUUCUGCCAACUACGGCAAGGCUCGCAGCUGGUACUUGAAGGCCCAACAGAUCGCCCCCAAAAAUGGCCGUCCGUACAACCAGCUGGCCCUUUUGGCUGUCUAUACGAAAAGGAAGUUGGAUGCUGUGUACUACUACAUGCGGAGCUUGGCUGCCAGUAACCCGAUCCUGACGGCUAAGGAGAGCCUGAUGGGGCUAUUUGAGGAAGCCAAACGCAAGACAGAUGAUGUGGAGCGGCGUAAGCAGCAGGAGUCGGAGGGGGCAUCCCGCGGACCGCGGGGGAGAGGAGGAGGUAGUGGUGGAGGAGGAGGAGGAGGUGGAGGAGGGCGUGGAAGUGUGGACCACACGCGGGAGGAGAUCUGGAUCCGACCGAGCCGGCAGCCGGGAGGCUCGUGGCCAGAGAGUGAGUCCGGUAAAGAUUCCGACCUGGACGGAGAGCUGGGAACACUCAGCUCCAGAGAUCUUCAGAAGAGGUUCAUCCUCAGUUUCCUGCACGCCCAUGGAAAGCUCUUCACUAAAGUCGGCAUGGAGACGUUCCCUGCUGUAGCGAGUCGGGUUCUUCAGGAGUUCCGGGUUCUGCUGCAGCACAGCCCCUCCCCUCUGGGAAGCACACGCCUCCUCCAGAUAAUCACCAUCAACAUGUUCACUAUUCACAAUGCACAAAGCCGAGAUGGUGACGGGGACGUUCGGUCCAUGCUGCAGGAGCAGGCCACCUCACUGGGCUUGGCCAUGUUUGGGCUCCUAGUGCAGCGCUGCUCACAGCUGGUGAGAGAGGCACCCACAGACGCGGUGUGUGUGGACGGUUGUGAGGCCGGCUCCAACUGCACGGACUGCGCCGUGGAGAAGAUGGUGCGUGUGUCGGCCUUCUCGCCCGACCUCCACGAGCUGCUGCCCAGUGCCAAGGUCUGGUCCGACUGGAUGCUGGGACACCCAGAGAACUGGAACCCCCCACCCAACAGCAUGUACAGCGGUGGUGUUGUGAGUGUGUGGGUGUGCCUGGCGGAGCUGUGUAAUGAGCUGGCGCGUGUGUACCAUGACGAGGCGGCGCUGUACAAGGUGGAGGGGGAGGGGGGGGUGGAGGGGGAGGAGGACGAGGAGCUGGCUCUGCUCCUGCUGGAGGAGGACCGCCUGCUGGCCGGCUUUGUGCCCCUCCUCGCCGCCCCCCAGGAGCCCUGCUACAUCGACCGCUCCACCGACCAGGCGAUCGCUGCGGACUGUAAGCGUAUCACCCAGCUGAAGUACUUCCUGGAGGCUUUGUGUGGACAGGAAGAGCCAUUACUGGCCUUCAAAGGAGGGAAGUACGUCUCCAUGGUGACUGCCCCCACGCCAGCCAGUGAGCAGCAGCUGAAGGAAAACCAGAAUGAUGAUGUCAUCGUGGAGGCGGAGUCUUCCCAGUCUGGCUCAGAGGCGGACCUAGAGGCGGAGCUAGCGGAUGGCAGUGGGGAUGACAUCAAGGAGCUGAGGGCCCGACGGAACGUGCUCUCUCAGAAGCUGGCACAGCAGCAGAAACGCAGGGACAAGAUCCAGGAGGUGCUGCAGACGUGUCGGCGCCUGGAGCUGCAGAUCCAUCCGGUGUACCUGGUACCUGACACCAACGGCUUCAUCGACCACCUGGAGGGCCUGCACAGCCUGGUGGCCUGCAGCCUCUAUGUGGUGGUCGUGCCCCUCAUAGUGAUCACCGAGCUGGACGGGCUGGCGAAGGGCCAGCAGGACUGUCGUGAUGGUGGCGGCGCCCACGUGCGGCACGUGCAGGAGCGGGCGAAGGAGGCAGUGGGCUUCCUGGAGAAGAGCUUUGAGGCCCGAGAGCCCUGCCUGCGUGCCCUCACCAGCCGUGGGAACCAGCUCGACUCCAUCGCCCUCCGCAGUGAGGACAUCUCCGGACAGAAGGGCACUAAUGACGACGUGAUCCUCAGCUGCUGCCUGCACUACUGUAAGGACAAGCCCAAGGACCUCGUGCCCUCUCAGCAAGAUGGGAAGGUGCGGUUGCGUAGGGAGGUGGUUCUCCUGACGGACGACAGGAACUUGCGUGUGAAGGCGCUGACUCGGAACGUGCCGGUGCGCGACAUCCCCGCGUUCCUGCGCUGGGCGAAAGUGGGCUGAAGGCAACGCGUCUCGACGUGCACCGGGAGACCACACUCGACUCGACUCGACAUCCACGCCACCACGUGGAGAGAGAGCGACGAAUGAACAACCUCACAGAGCAGCGAGAAGGAGAGGGAGAGAGAGAGAGAGAGGGAGAGAGGGAGAUGGGAAGAGAAGAAGAGAGAGAAUGUGUUUGGGAGACUGAACUUCAGAGGGAAAAAAGAAGCUUUGAAAGGCAGAUGAAUUUAUUAAAGGAGGAAAAGUUAGGAGCUCUUCUCUUUCCCACCUGUGUGUUGCCAGAGGAAUGAAUGAAUGGAGGGAGAGUGGAAUGAGAGAGGGAGGGAGAGAGAGAGGGAGGGAGUGAUGCUUGCUUGCCAGAGGAGUUGAGGGGAGGUUGCUGAUGAGGCUGUGUAGUGGGCUCUAGGCCACCAGCCACCUGCAAGAAGAACUCUUUAGCUGUUUCAGAGAGUGUGUGUGUGUGUGUGUUCGUGUUCUAUGAACAUGUGAUUGAUAGGAUCUGUCGUGUGUGUGUGUGUUUAGACCUCUGCUUACAUAGGCUAGUUUAUGCAGGUGUGCGCGUCUGUACCAGAGAACUCCACUAGGGGGAGCUCUGAGAGCAGCUCUGCGCGGCGGCUCAGACCACAGCCUGGGGCUUCCUAUUGACCCUUGAGGAAGGGGCUGGGGGGGGGCAACCCUCACAAAGGCCCCCCCCCCACGCCAUGUUUGGGCCUGCCUGGCUCCUGCGCUGUGACCAGGGACACGGCACUGGGGGGUGGACGGCCUUGGCCAGCACCCCACCCACCCCAGGGCCAACACAGCUCUGGCUUCUGUUCACAUGUAGUUGCGUUCAAACUGCACCUUGUUUUAAGGGGUAUAUGGUAUCUUGUGUUCAGGGUUAUCUGGUUGAACUCUUCUGUGGUUAGAUGUGCCUAACUGACGGAGUAAACAUGACCUUUUUGUUUGUUUGUUUGUUUGUUUGUUUUGGGGCAUGUUUGCUGUUGCCCACUUGUUCUGGUUCCGCUGUUUGAGCAGCAGUUCUGGUUCCACUGAGGUUCCGCUGUUUGAGCAGUUGUGUUCUUGUUCUGGUUCCACUGAGGUUCCGCUGUUUGAGCAGUUGUGUUCUUUUCCUUCUUCAUUUGCAGCAUGUAGAGUAAUUGUUUUUGUUGUUUAUGUUAGAAGUGGUGUUUUGAGCUUUGUGGUUGAUUUGUGGCACAAAUAUUUUUUUUCUUCUUUCAUUUGAGGUGUUUUUCUUUGACGGGUCCAUUUUUGUAAAGGCCUUUUGUCUAAUUUGCAGGUUUAAGGGAGGUUAAGAUCUUUAUUUACGGUCAUCUUCAGACCUGGUACACCUUCACUGGUCACAUGAACUGUUCUCACCAGUCUUUGUUAACUUCACAAGUUGGUGAAGUCUAAUCUCUAAUCUCUAGAUAUUGUGUGGUUCCCUGUGUGUGUGUGUGUGUGUAUGCAUUUGUCAUUUAAAAAUGGCUCACAUAGUCAACAGUCUUGAUAUGAUUCUAUUAUGUGCAGUUGGCUUCUGAGUAGAAUUCCUUUGGGAACGUGUACAUACCACCUGAAAUUGACCAUUAAGUUGUCAAACGCAGUACCUAUCAGUCCAAAACUCAGCUGAUUUAAUGUCUUGCUACGGAAUCUAUCAAUAAUCAAUAUAUAUAUAUAUAUAUAUAUGUAUGAUUUAUGUCUCUGAUGUCUCUUUAGUGCUAUGCUUGGUUAAAUAGCAAAAUCUGUCUGAAGAGGAAUCUGGAUUUUGUUGAGAACAAUGGAUAAAAAAAAAGUGAUUGAAAAGAUGGCUUUCUUAUAAACAAAGUGAUUGAAAAUAAUAAACCUGAAAUAUAUACGCAU